GUAGUACGUCGUGUACUCUUGGGUGAACACCAUCGACACAUCCGUCACCACGGACACGAGCCACGUGAGUUCCAAAGCCCCAAGCAACGUUUUGUACCAUGGCAGCUCGACACUCUGGAAACUCGACAGCGUGCCGUCAAACUGCAGCUCGAGCGUCCCCGUCGACAACAGCGCAAUGGCGGUCGAACUACGGAGCAGCAGCAGCGGUCGGCCGACCCAGACAAUUCCGCCGACACGGCCCAGUUCCAUCAUGUUGAGGCCCUCAAUUUGGCCGCGGCUGAGCACAAUGUACACCAGGACAAAGAUAGCAAUCGCGAUCAUGAUGAACGUCACGUACAACACACCUCCGCGGGCGUACGCCGCAAAGUUGGCUGGCAACUCCCACGGCUGAACUUGCUGAAACAGCGGAGGCUCAAAGUCCGACAGGAGCGUGAUGCUGCCGACAUCGCCUUGCAUCUUGAGGACGGUGCGGUAGCCGACGAACCAGUCGUACAAAAACGCCCAUGCGUACAUUUCAAAGGUCGGGAUCGUGGGGUCUAGCACGUUGAUAUGCAUAAACUGCAUCGUGGACGCGUUACUGAGGCCGCCGAAUUGGGCCACUUGAAUGUCCAGCGCCACAAUAUCGGCCCGGACAGUGGCCAACAGCGGCGCCCAUGACGGGACUUGCGGCAUGUACUGCCGCACAAACGCAACGGACAUAUCGGUGCAAGGGACACAUGCCUUGACAUGGCUCGGGUCGCACUGGCAAAUGGCCAUCGCGCUGUACGACGAAGCCGUCGUGAGACCGGCCAAGAUCACGGCCGCAAUCAUGCUCUCCCGCGUGGGCUGCGACAAGAACGACCUCUUCGAAUCUGUGCAUUCCAGUUCGUACGUGAAGACUGUAACCAUGCACAACGUCAGCACUUGCGACGUCGUCAUGUCCCCGCACAGUGGGUUGCCCCCAUACGACACCAUAUCUGGGCGUUGCCACGUCGGGACGAUCGGGGUGAGCAAGUCGGGGGGAGUGAUCUUCAUGUAUGCCGCCUGCGUCGCGUUGAGAGCUGCUCUGGCCGCUGCGUCUGCGUUUGGCGGCACGGCAAUCGCUGACCGCAACGUGUCGAGAAUCGUCCGAACUGCCACCUUUGCCGACGCCGGCACCGGAACAUAAAGCAGGUCGACGCUGCCAAACGGCCCGAUCAUUUGCUGGAUGAGAGUGAGACCGACGGACAACGUUGGCUCGAGCAACUCGUUCGCCACGAGCACUUGCUCCAUCGUGGUCGUGGCAAACGCAAAGUCGGGGGACGACCGGAUCAAGCUCUUGCCGGUCAUG